UGCUGAAAUUUAAGCAGGGGAGGGAGCGGCAGAGAGGCAGUCUGCUCCGCAGCAGCGCCAGCAGGCGCCAGGCCGAGGCACCCGCCAGCGGGGCCGCCCGCGGGAGGCGCCGCCCGGACCGGACCGGUCCUCCUCGUGCUUGGCUGACCAACAGUGGCAUAGAAGGCUCUUGUCUCUCCCAAGAAAAUGGGAACUGACAGUGAAAACCCAGUUCUGAGGAAUGUGCUCAUUAGCUUCAACUUGCUUCUGCUGGGUGCCAUCCUCAAGCCUUUUGAGUGCCGGCUGGAGGUGACAACAGAGCCGGCUGAGAGGCCAGCAGUGGAUGAGGAGGGUGGCCUUGCCAACUGCAGCCCACCCAUCAAAGAGCAGCCCAUGGUCUUCCACCAUAUCUACAACAUCAACAUCCCCCUGGAUAGCUGCUGCUCAUCUAUGUUCAAGUCUUCAGCCGAAGAGGUGAGUUCAGAAGACGACCGUCUGGCAGAGUACGCAGAGCAGACCUCCGACAGCGAGAGCCAGGUCACCUUCACCCACAAGAUAAACUUGCCCAAGCAGGCCUGCAAGUGCUCCAACUCCCUCCCAUCCCUGCAGGAGCUGCUGAGCAGAAUUGAGAUGCUGGAGAGGGAGGUGUCCAUACUCCGGGACCAAUGCAACUCCAAUUGCUGCCAAGAGAAUGCAGCCACAGGGCAGCUGGAUUACACCCCCCAAUGCAGCGGCCACGGGAACUUCAGCCUGGAGUCGUGCAGCUGCGUGUGCAUGGAGGGCUGGGCAGGCACCAACUGCUCCGAGCCCCUCUGUCCUGGCGGCUGCUCCAGCCGGGGCGUCUGCCUGGAGGGACAGUGCAUCUGCGACAACGACUACGGGGGCGAGGACUGCUCCCAGCUCCGCUGCCCCGCGGGCUGUGGCUCCCGCGGGCUCUGCGUGGACGGCGAGUGUGUCUGCGAGGAGGGUUUCACCGGGGAGGAUUGCUCGCAGCUGCGCUGCCCCCGCGACUGCUCGGGGAAGGGUCUCUGCGUCAACGGCACGUGCGUCUGCCAGGAGGGCUUCGCCGGAGAGGACUGCGCGUGGCUGCACUGCCCCAACGCCUGCAGCGGCCGCGGGGUCUGCCAGGAUGGCCUCUGCGUCUGCGAGGAAGGCUACGAAGGGCAGGACUGCUCCGCAGUGGCUCCUCCUGAAAACCUGCGAGUGACGGGCAUCAGCGACAGCACCAUUGAGCUGACGUGGGACAGCCUCGCGGCAGCCACCGAGUAUGUCAUCUCGUACCAGCCAUCAGCGCCGGGCGGCGCCCAGCUCCAGCAGCGAGUGCCUGGGGACUGGAGCAGCAUCACCAUCACGGACCUGGAGCCAGGUGUUGCCUACAACGUCAGCGUCUACGCGGUCAUCAGCGAUGUCUUGAGCGUCCCUGUUACCUCCAAGGUGAUCACCAACCUUGCCACGCCAGAGGGGCUGAAGUUCAAGACCAUAACAGAGACUACGGUGGAGGUGCAAUGGGAGCCCUUCUCCUUCCCCUUCGACGGCUGGGAGAUCAGCUUCAUCCCUAAGAAUAACGAGGGUGGCGUCAUUGCGCAGCUCCCCAGCACCGUCACCACCUUCAACCAGACAGGGCUGAAGCCCGGGGAAGAGUACACCGUCACCGUGGUGGCCCUGAAGGAACAAGCCAGGAGCCUUCCCACCUCCGACAGCGUCUCGACCCUCAUCGAUGGCCCAACGCAGAUCCUUGUGCGGGACGUCUCCGACACGGUGGCCUUUGUGGAGUGGACGCCGCCACGUGCCAAGGUGGACGCCAUCCUGCUGAAGUACGGGCUGGCAGACGGGGAGGGGGGGAGGACCACCUUCCGCCUGCAGCCCCCCCUCAGCCAGUACUCCCUGCAGGCUCUGCGCCCCGGCGCCCGCUACCACCUCGCCGUCAGCGCCCUCCGGGGUGCCAACGAGAGCCAGCCGGCCCUUGCCCAGUUUACCACAGAGAUUGACGCCCCCAAGAACCUGCGGGUGGGCUCGCGGACGCCCGCCAGCCUCGAGCUCGCCUGGGACAACAGCGAGGCCGAGGCGCACAGCUACAGGGUGGUCUACAGCACCCUGGCUGGGGAGCACUACCACGAAGUUCUGGUGCCUCGGGACACCGGUCCCACCACGCGGGCCACACUCGCAGAUCUAGUCCCAGGGACAGAGUACGGUAUCGGGAUUUCAGCUGUGAUGGACAGCCAGCAGAGCGUGCCAGCCACCAUGAAUGCCAGGACAGAGCUCGAUAGCCCCCGGGACCUCCUGGUGACAGCCUCCACAGAGACAUCCAUCUCGCUGGCCUGGACCAAAGCCACGGGGCCCAUCGACCACUACCGUGUCACCUUCACCCCUGCCUCAGGGAUGGCCUCCGAAGUGACAGUGCCCCGGGAUGAGUCGCAGCUCACCCUCUCGGAGCUGGAGCCCGGGACAGAGUACACCAUCUCCAUCAUCGCCGAGAGGGGACGCCAACAGAGCCUGGAGGCCACCGUGGAUGCCUUCACAGGGGUCCGGCCCAUCACACAGCUCUACUUCUCCCAGCUGACAUCCUCCAGUGUGAAUGUCACAUGGAGUGAUCCAUCCCCACCAGCAGACCGCCUCAUCCUCACCUACAGCCCCCGGGACAAGGAGGAGGCACAGCAGGUCACACUGGAUGGCACUCGCAGGCACGCCAGCCUGACGGGCUUGCAGCCGUCCACCGAGUACCUGGUGUCGCUGGUGGCUGUGCACGGCACCAUCAGCUCCGAGCCUGUGGUGGGCUCCAUCACGACAGGGAUCGACUCACCGAAGGACCUCAGAGUGGGUAACAUCACCCAGGAGUCCAUGACAGUCUACUGGAGCCCUCCCAUCGCUCCCUUCGACCAUUAUAGAAUAUCCUACCAUGCUGCUGAAGGGAGGAAAGACAGCACUGCCAUUGCCAGCGAUGCCACCGAGUACGCCCUUCGCCGCCUGCAGCCUGCCACCAAGUAUGAGAUCGGGGUGAAGAGCGUGCGGGGCCGGGAGGAGAGCGAAGUGGCCUCCAUCACUGUGUACACAGCCAUGGAUGCUCCCUUGGGGGUCACAGCCACCAACAUCACCCCCACCGAGGCGCUGCUGCAGUGGAACCCGCCGCUGUCGGAGGUGGAGAGCUAUGUCCUUGUCCUCACCCGCCACGCAGUUGCAGGAGAAACAAUUCUUGUGGAUGGAGUGAACCAGGAGUACCAGCUGACCAACCUCCUGCCCAGUACCACCUACACCGUCUCUAUGUACGCCACCAACGGGCCUAUCACCAGCCAGACCAUCAGCACCAACUUUACAACCCUUUUGGAUCCUCCAACGAAUCUGACUGCCAGUGAAGUCACCCGACGGAGCGCCCUGCUCUCCUGGGUGCCUCCUGUGGGAGACAUUGAGAACUAUGUCAUGACCUACAGAUCCACCGAUGGCAGCCGGAAGGAGCUGAUUGUGGAUGCCGAGGACACAUGGAUCCGCCUGGAGGGGCUUUUGGAGACCACAGAAUACACUGUGCGCCUGCAAGCUGCCCAAAACGGCAUGCGGAGUGGCUUCAUCUCCACCACCUUCACUACAGCCGGCCGUGUCUUCGCUAACCCUCAGGACUGUGCCCAGCACCUGAUGAAUGGAGACACACUGAGUGGCGUCUACACCAUCUCCCUCAACGGGGACCUCAGCCAGCGAGUGCAGGUGUACUGCGACAUGACCACCGACGGAGGCGGCUGGAUUGUCUUCCAGAGGCGACAGAACGGUCUGACCGAUUUCUUCCGGAAAUGGGCAGAUUACCGGAUUGGCUUCGGAAACUUGGAAGAUGAAUUUUGGCUGGGCUUGGACAACAUCCACAAGAUCACGUCCCAGGGGCGCUACGAGUUGCGAAUAGACAUGAGGGAUGGCCAAGAAGCGGCAUACGCCUACUACGACAAGUUCUCCGUCGGCGACUCCCGGAGCCUGUACAAGCUGCGAAUCGGGGAAUACAACGGCACUUCAGGGGACUCCCUCACCUAUCACCAGGGCCGCCCCUUCUCCACCAAGGACCGGGACAACGACGUCGCUGUGACCAACUGCGCCAUGUCCUACAAAGGGGCCUGGUGGUAUAAGAACUGCCACCGCACCAACCUCAACGGCAAGUACGGAGAGUCCCGGCACAGUCAGGGGAUUAACUGGUACCAUUGGAAAGGCCACGAGUUCUCCAUUCCCUUUGUGGAAAUGAAGAUGCGACCUUACAACCACCGUAACAUCUCUGGGAGGAAGCGACGGUCCCUACAGCUCUGAGCCAGCUGAAGUCCCUCCUGCCUCCCACCACCUGACCUUUUCUGUCGUUUGUUUGUAUUUUAUAAUACGAAAAGGGGAAAAAAAUAAUUACUAUUUGUCUGAGAUAGCAACCUGCCCCUCACGAGUGUUGGAGGGAACCAUGGCACACGCGAAGGCCAUGGGAAAGGAAAGACCUCAUUGCUUUGCAUCUGUCCCAGAGAAAUGCCAAAUUUCCAGUCUCCCUACCCCAGUACUGUGGCCCUUAACAAGAGAAGAAAGAGAGAGAAAGAGACAGACAGAUUUUUGAUAUUUUUUUAAAAGACUUGGAAAUCCCCAGCAAACCUUGCUAGAAGUGCUGGUCACAGGGCUUGUGGCAGAAACCUUCCCACGGGGACCUUGGUGUGGCCAUUCCCACCACUGUCAUGGCCAGGGACAUCCAUCCUCUCCCCCCUUUCCUGUCCCCUCCUGGCAGGAAUGUCCCAAGCUUCAUGCCAUCCUGUAGACACCAACUCUUCUUCUGGACUGGACAUCCCUUCCCUACACACAGGCACGGUACGCAUGGAGACAAAGCGAGGAUAAGCAGACGCAAGGUUCAUCCUGUCCUCUGUUUUCACAGAACACACCAGGAGGGCUUGGUGAAUAUUUGCAUACAUAGGCAAAAUCUAGAGAGCCCACAGGUGAUGUGUUGGUGUCACCACAGCUAAAAUCGUCCUCGUUUACACGGCAUGCAGGGGAACAAGAGCCGCUCCACCAGCCCCAGCCUGCAUCACCCGCUCCUCUGAGACGAACUCAUCCCUCUUCAGAUGAGUAACAUCUGCCUGGGUUACGCUGAGCUUGACUGAGAAGAAAAGAGUCAAUUUAGAGGAUCUGGGGGGGGAAUCUCUGCUGGCAAUCUUGAAGUCUAGGGCCCGUUUUGUCCGCUAUUUCUACAUGCCACCGCACUGUCUCUCGCUGACAUCAUUGGUCCCAAACCAAAUAGUCACAGAGAAGGACCAGCAGCCAAAAGAGAGUUAUCACACAACCACAGCCCAGCCUGAAGCUGGCAGGUGGCACAGUCCAGGGAAAUCCACACACAUGGGGAAGGACCACAACACAGCCAAGGAAAGAGAAGCAAGCUGAGAAAUGCCUGUUCCCUUCCUUUUCAUACACCAUCUGCCUUCAACAUCACAAGAGGAACACAAAUGUCAGUGCCUUGGUGUCACUAUCUUUCUAAAGGGAAAUCAAAUGUUUCCCCUCCUGGAAGGCAAGCUUAGUCCAUUCAGAUUUUUGAGCACUUCAAGAUCCUUGGAAGAAAAGAUGAGUUCACUCUUGCCAUCCUUGACUUCUCCUCUCUUAAGGAAGAUGGACUCCUUGGACAGCGCUGGCUGUGCUUUGUUAUCGACACCUCCUCCACGUAGUCCAGACAACCACCACACUGGAGCCACUCCUGGGUCGAGGGCUCCGAUCAAUGCCGGGCAUUGUCGCUGCCCUGGUCCCAGAGAAGGGACUCAUCUCCACGUCCGAGGACAAUGCAGCUCAUCUCUGUGUUCACAGCCAAGGGAGCAUUACAAAUGCUAAACACUGCUUUUUGAUUUUAUCACACUGAAGCUGCUUUGUCUCAAGAAACAACUUCCAGAUGGCAACAUAAAGGCAUCUUUGCAGUAGCUUAUAAUUCAGGCCAGCGUCUCUUUCACAGCAUUGCUCCUGGGUUUUCUGGCAUUACUCACCACCGCCGCAGAGCUGAAGUAAGGCAUUAAGCGGGAAACGCAGCCUCUUUGUCCAUUACACAUACCAGCACAUAAAAUCACAGCUAAGCCCAAGGUCAGGAUUAGAUACAGGAUCCAGCCCUUCAAGUGGUCAGCUUCCAGCUGCAGUCCGACCUGGAGGAAGGAUGCUGUAGCCCAGCAACACCCCACACGUAAAUACAGCAUCUCUUCUUACUUCAGCAUCAAAUCGGGCAACAAAUCAACCUGAGGAACGGGUUAGAGGCAGCAGAUGAUGAGAUCUCUGACAGGCCAUGGCCGGUGUCACAGACAGCAGCAUGUCACACCUCCUGAGAGGCCUGCCCUGUCGUAGGUCCCAAAUGCCAAUGAGAAGCAGCGGAUACAACCGGUUAAAACCCAAGAAGCCUCCUAGUAGACCAACAGAGUAACAGUUUUCCCAACAUCAAGAGUUUACAGGCAAGAAGUGUUCUAACCAAAGCACUGUAGCGCAGUGGUUAUAACUAGGAACAGAGACUGACAGCGGAUGGCGUUCAUCGCUUGUCUCGCAUGGUGCUGUUUGCUUAUUUGCCCAGGCGAGAGGAGGAGACAUCAGUGGAAACACAGGAGCUCUUUAUUCACAAGCAAGUGGAAGGCAAGAAAACUCUGUUUUCAAAAGUAACAGAAAAUCAAAACAGGCCAAGCUUUUUCAGGAGGUUCAGAAGAAGAUCCUCAAGCAGGCUGAUCAUUUUCUAAACAGACUUACUGACAAGUCUCCCUGCUGAUGUCUUUCAUCCCUCUUAUAACUCCUGUACCCAGGAUGAGAGGGCCCAGUUGACACAACUCUAUCGAGUCAGAAGGAUGCCCUUGGAGAUAAUAUCCAACCUUCCUAUGCUUCCACUCCUUAUCUUUGCAGUUCUUCACCCACGUGCAUCUCAAAGCACAGUACCAGCCUAAGCGCACUCUUGCCCCAGGCUCCUCCCUCCUCCCCGAAGCGAUUCUUGCCCCAGGUGAAGCGUCAGAGUGUCGAAAGCACAGCUCACAUCACCUUUGUCCCCAGUGCAGUGGCCGGGGAGGGCUCAGGCAGCAAUGUCUCCAUGCUGGAGCUGCCCUGGGCCCACAACAGUCUUAGAGCGAACUACUGAAACGCAGCAGAAGCCAGGAUGCCCACCCAGCCCACCACCUCCAUGCCAGCGUGUGCCCUUCACCCAGAGCCACCCUCCUGGUAUGUCCCAACCAUCGCACCCUGGGGUGACCACACAACACCUGCCCUAGAGCCCCCAGCCAUACCCACAAGAGUUCACCUUACAGACACUGCCAGCAAAGAGCUCUCUGCCCCCCAAAAAACCUUUAAUUCAGGCUUACACCUACUAACAAAAGGCUCUGUUCCGGGGCCAGGCGAAAGUCCAUCCCUGUUUCUGCCGACCCAGCACACAGGGAUGGCCAUCAAACCCAACCAAGACCCUGAGGGACCACUGGUACACUCCAGGGUUACCUUCCCCCUUCCUUAAACCUGGUGGAGCCCAGACGGCGGCGGCAGCUCCUUGCCCCUUGCAGGGGAGAGGUUUGGGGAAAGGGAAAGGCUCUUCCCUGGGGGAUGCUGAUGCCUAGACCCACCUCAGUACCCAGCCUGCAGCUCUCCAGGUGUCAGUGGCUUCCCAGAGGGAUGGCAACAUAAACAAACAAGCAGCCCCCUGCGUACAGGUGUUACCCUGGAAUUGUGUUUAUUACUUUAAAAAAGCCUAAAACCCAUAAAUAAGAAGGAAGAACAGAGGCAACAAAAUCCCUUGGACAUGUUUUGAUGAAUUCAAACACAAACCAAUGCAACCAAAUGAGGGGGAAGAUAAAAGCAAAUAAAUGCAUAAAUAAAAUAAAUAAUAUAAAUAAAUAAUAUAUUAAACAACCCUCCCCACCCUGUAAUAAAAACGUAGCUCGGAGAAUGGGA